AAUAUAAAUGAUUUCUUUUGUAAUUCUAGGUAUAGAAUUUUAUUAUUUUAAAAAUAUUAUGCUGAGAAGGCAUCCUCAGGCUCCAUCGGAUUGCAGAAGGGCCCAUGGCACAAGAAGAGUUAAGAACGUCUACAAUAAUGUUCUUUUUAGAGCUAUAAGAGGAUGGGGAAUGCAGAUAAUAAUUAUCAAGCACUGUGUGCGGAUUUUAAACCUCAUAAUUCUAAGAGGGGACAGCCGGAGGCUGAAGGGGGCCAUCCAGAGGAGCACGGAGACCGGCCUGGCAGUGGAGAUGCCCAGCCGGACGCUGCGCCAGGCUAGCCACGAAUCCAUCGAGGACAGCAUGAACAGCUACGGCUCAGAGGGCAACCUUAACUAUGGGGGAGUUUGCCUGGCAUCAGACGCACAGUUCAGUGACUUCCUGGGCAGCAUGGGGCCAGCACAGUUUGUGGGCCGCCAGACCCUGGCCACCACGCCCAUGGGGGACGUGGAGAUCGGCUUGCAGGAACGGAAUGGUCAGCUGGAAGUGGACAUCAUCCAGGCGCGGGGACUGACGGCCAAGCCAGGCUCCAAGACACUGCCAGCGGCCUACAUCAAGGCCUACCUGCUAGAGAAUGGCGUCUGCAUUGCCAAGAAGAAGACCAAAGUUGCUCGCAAGUCGCUGGACCCACUGUAUAACCAGGUGCUGCUGUUUCCUGAGAGUCCCCAGGGCAAAGUCCUGCAGGUGAUCGUGUGGGGGAACUACGGACGGAUGGAGCGGAAGCAGUUCAUGGGCGUGGCACGCGUGCUGCUGGAGGAGCUGGACUUGACCACCCUGGCCGUGGGCUGGUACAAGCUCUUCCCCACCUCCUCCAUGGUGGACCCGGCCGCGGGCCCCCUGCUCCGGCAGGCGUCCCAGUUGUCCCUCGAGAGCACCGUGGGGCCCUGCGGAGAGCGAUCUUAGUGCUGGGGCUGGGGAGGGGCUCCCCUAGAGGGCCUGGGGACCGCCCAGCUCUGACCUGGGACCCCAGGCCCAUGGGCACACUGGACAGGAGGACGGGGUUCUCCCCCACAGUGGGGAAGUAGAACGGGGAGACCUGCCCCCCUUGGGCCCCUCCUCACCCCUUCUUUGCCUCCUACUCCCUGAGACCUUCCCUCUCCCAACGGGAUUGGCUACACUUUUGACUUGGCGGGUUCUUGACCUGGUGGAUGUGGCUGCAAUCUGGAGAAAGGAGAGACUGAGGUGGCAGUGCAAACCACUCUCCUGCCCCAAACCCUGUCCACUUCCCCUUUUUGCCUCCUCGGAAGCUCGCUGCCCGGAGCCAAGUCCAGAACCCGGCCGGCCAUCUCCAUGGUGCCAAUUACCAGCAAGUGUCUUUCCUGCGGCACCGGGUUCAGGCAGCUACUCCUGCCCCAGAGCCGUCGGGGCAGCUUUGCAAGGAUCCGGAGCCAGCUCCCGGGGGCCCAGAGCCCCCCACUGAAGAGGAGCUCGGGCUUCCCUCUGCCUGCCCGUGGAAGGAGCUUUGCCGCAGCCUGUCCGAGUCCAUCUGUCCGUCCCCUCCUGCCUGCUCCUCUUCUGGUGGCUCUGGAAAUUGGGGUCUAGCAAGGAUCAAAGGAAAGGAGGGGGUGCCCGGGGCCUGGCAUAGACCCCCAGGGCGCCUUGUUCCAUGGGAUUGCAACAGGCUUGUUUGGGAACUGUUGUGGCCUGGAAAGAACAUUGUCAUCUGUGUUUUGGUGGAGAGGCUGUGCAACCUGAGUUUUCAUAACUCCAAGCCUAGAGCUCACCGUCUCUUCAUUUGGGGGAUGUUGCAUUGGAGAGGGAGGCUCAGGAAAGCUGGGAUUGGGACUGGUGGUGCCAAGGUAAGGGUUUCCCACAUAGGAGAACCCCUCCUUGUUGGAUGAGGUCAAAGGUCAUCUUGUCUACCCCUCUGCCUCCAGGCCAGGGGUCUGGGGAGGCAAUAGAGCCCCCCCUAUUUUAGUCUUUUUUAACAAACCAUUCUGUACUAAGGGCAGAACCCAGCGCCCCAGCCUCAAUUACCUUGGCUCAAGGAAAGCUGGUGGUAGGAGAGAGAAUGAAGAGGCACAAGUGUAAGAAUUGGGAGAUUCCUUCUCAAGCAGGCCUGGGUUGCUGCCUUCCCAGCCUGGCCCUCCCUGGGGCCUGCGGGAGCCCUUUUGCAUGCGAGGGAGGACAUAGGCUGGUCCCUCUUUAUAGAAGCACAUUUCUGCCACCUCCCCUGGGAGGCACCCAGCAGCCUACCACUCCUCUUUACCUAGUCCCUGCUGUGUAGGGCGUAGUCCAGGUUAGCUGGGUAGAGUUAGUGUUUCAAGCCCUGGGGCCUGUUCUUAGCUCAUACAUAGUCCUUACAGAGCCCCAGGACAGUGGGGAGGAGACAGGAACAUUCCAGGAGACCACCGUCUCCUCGCUGGCCUGGCAGCCUGGUUCACAGGAGGCCAGCCCCUCCUCCCCCGCCCCCUUCCUUCCCCUGUCCCCUAUAGGGUUAUAGCUGGAGCUGCCCAUUAGACUCACGUUCCAAUUUAUUAUCCUUGGUCCUGACUUUCUUUACGAGGCACUCCUGAGGAUCGUGGGGCCUUGGCCGGCGGGGCCUGGUCUCCACUAAAGGGUGUCAUUUUCCACUGAGGACACCUGGGCUGUCUUUGGACCCACCCUGUUCCUGGUCCCGCCAGGCGAUUCCUUCCACCUGGAAACUUUCCCCUGCCUGUUUCCUCAGCCUGUUUCAGCCCUGGGUAUCCGUUACAGUUCCGUGGAGUUACAGCGCCUCCUUGGAGCAUCUUACACUGCUCUGGGAGGAGGGACUGGGGAGGCCCCUUCUAUCUGGGAGGGAUUCAGAGCUUCCCGCGACUUGGCGACUUGGCAGGUCAGACAGAUCCCAAGGCUGUGGGAGGUGGGAGCAGGUCUCUGGGUGGAAUCAGCACCCCCCACCCCCAUUUGUGUUUUUAACCCGUGUGAUUUCUCUGCUGUUUGUUUAUUACUCACCAUUUGGAAUACUUUGAGCCAGGAGAGUGACUUCUCUCUCCAGCCGGCACUGCUGUGGUUGUUCAGGGGUAGCUUGACCAAGACGGGGCAGGGCCUGGCUGUCCCAACCAGAGGGCAAGGCAGCUCGGCCUGACAGCCUGAGCCCUCCCUCUGGUGGCCUCACAGCCUUUAUAAAGAGAGAGAGAGAGAAAGAGAGAGAGCUCCAAAGCAAUAACAACACCCUGGGGGUGGUCAGCGAGGGCCCCCUCAAUGAUUUUCUUGUUUGUUCUGUGAAAUCUCGCUCACCUCCUGGAGGGGUGGGGUGGAUGGGGGCUGGAGCCCUAUUUCUUCGUGUCAUCGUUGUGAGCACAUGCCCCUCUUGUUCGGGGCUGUGGCCAUCAGGUGUGGGAACCACCACGGUCUGUCCUCACCAGGGGAUGGAGGUUUGGGGAGGGGAUUGCCAUUUCCAUUACCUUUAAGGAAGCUUCCAGCCCCGCCCAGCCUGUCCCUGCUGCUGUCUGAUCCUUUGCCAUCUUGAACUGCAUCAUUUGGAGAGCAGUGAAGAGGUGGAGUUUGGGGGCCUUUGGGGUCUGGAGUCUCUGGGAGUGACUUUAUUUUCAGUCUCUGGGGCAGGGGCACCAUGGGAGGCAGCCAUCUCCACUUUCUGUCUCCAGAAUCCCCUUUCAUACUAAAGGGAAAGGGCCUUUGGGACCAUUAGUCCAUUUUCAUUUUACAGACUAGGACACUAAGGCCCAGCACAGGGAGGAGCCACCCCUGGGGUCACCUGUGCAUUCAGUGGCACCCCCACCUGAGUCUCCUCCCAGCAGAGGCUGAGCCAGAGCAGGGCAGGAUGAGAUGGGGCCGCCCCUUACCCUCCCUUCCUCCUCCCUGCUCUCUAGGAGCCUCCUAGUGGCCCUGGGAAGACGGGCAGGACAUGUUGUAGCCCAUCAGAGAGGUUAGGAAACUGAGGCCCGGAAACAGGAAGUGACUCGCCCAAGACCCCUCAGGAAGUGUGCAACAGGCUGGGCAGAACUAGGGCUCCAUGGUGCACCCUUCCUUCAGGUGACAGGACGUUGCCCCGGAGCAUGUCCGCCAGGGUUGCACAGCCCUGCUUGGCUCCACCUGUGGGCAGGAACGUCUGGGUGUGGGUUGUGGGGAGGGUAGCCAAGGAGACUCGGCCCUGCUGGGGUGGCCCAGGGGCCACAGGAUUUGGUCCAGGCCUUGAUGUCUGGGUGGGGGCUCCUGCUGAGGGGCUGGAACCUCUCGGGGACCAGAAGGAGGGAGGUUGAGAAACACCUGCCCCUGCCUGGGGCUGUGAGCCAGUGGGGGCAGCGUGGCGCCCCUCAGCUUAGGGAAAUCUCCCAAACCUUCAGCUGUAAUGCGACCUGGCCCUCCCGCAGUGCUUCUCAAACUUUCUGUUUUCCGAAUGCUUUCACCCUGAGUGUGCCCUUUGGCCCUCACAAGAGUCCCUGGCUAGUAGGUGGGGGCCUGUGUUGCCAGCCCCAUGUUAUAGAGGGGAGCUGAGGUCCUGGCCGGGGAGGUGCUUGCCCAAGGCCCCACUUAGGCAGGUUGGGGGUGGAGCCAGGCCUGGAACUCGGUCCCCGCUAGUUCAGAGCUCUUCUACUCCGGGAGGUGAAGGGGAUAGGCUCCGGGUGGUUAUGCAUUUAACAAGCUGUUGACCAUCCAGUUCCUUAAACCUGAGCUCCUGGGUGCGUUUUGGCAUCGGAAGCAGCACUGAGUCCCACCCCCUUUGGAGGUACAGCUGUUGCAUCAGGCAAGGUCACCUGCAUUUAUUUAUUGAGCAGCAGCCGUUCCAGGCCCAGGGGACCGAGCCCAUUCCUCUGUAGUGACUCCCAGGCCCUCUGGGAGGGCCCGUGUCUGUAGAGCAGCACGUCGGAGUGGACAGAAAGUGUCCACGGCUCCCCUGACUCGCAGCCCCCCCUGAGGUGGGCUGGCGGUGCCCAUGUUACCCAGAGCUUCUGUGAGGCCAGAGUGGAGACUUGAACCCAGGGCUGUGGGCGUUGCCCCUGGAGCCGGUUCACUCUAUGGCUGCCUCCUACUGGGGUGGCGGGAAGGCAGGGCCCUGGGUGCUCAGGCUGGGGGCCUCUCUCCAUCCACCCCUCUCCCUCAUUCCCUCGCCAGGAGCCGGAGUGCCCAGGCCUUUGGGGAGGGACGGUUUCCAGGGCCCCUGGGUUGGAGCGGGUCACACUGCAUUGUGUUCAUGACCAUGUAGCUCAUGUUGAAAAUUAAAGUUUUUGGCUUUUCUAA